GGGUCAGGGAACAGCUGGAGGUCACUGCGGGUCACGAUGCGCCAUCAUUUAGCGGUUCUGACGAACUGUUGAGCUUCCGGGGCAGAACCUGUGGUCCCCAUGGCAACCGCUUUCCGUUGGUCCCAAAUGAACAAGAUGGAACCAGAGGAGAAACGACACCUGCUGAACCGGGACAUCGCUGUCCAGGUGGAGAGAGGCGGAGCCACACAGACACUCAGAGGACACCUGGACAGGCCCGGUGUGCGCGCUCGCCGCAGAAGGAGGAAACUCGGCGCCCAGCUGGUGCAGGCAGGACGGAGGCUGGUGGCGUUUCUCAUUGGCCUCCUGCUGGCCUUUAUCUAUGGACUGCUGGGCUUCGUGCUGCAGAAACAGCCACUGCGGUUCUGCGUCAACUCCACACUGAUCCUGGCUGGGCUCAUCGCGUUUGGCAUGGGGCUGUCAGUCGGCCUCCGGGCCACCGUCAUGGUCAUGCUGCCCACCUUGUUCUCAGCACGCGGCGUCCUGAUCCUGUUCGUGUCGGUGGUGGUGUCCGGGCCCAUGAGGAACACGAUAGUGAACACGGAGCGGGGCGCUGCCAGCGUGGUGUGCAGCGUCGAGCUGGCAGCCAAUCAGACGAAAGAGCUGAUGCAGAAAGCGGCCACGCCUCUCUUCUCUGCCGUUGAUGAAAUCAGAAAGAUCAGCAGAAACGCGUACGCCAUGGUAGGAAGAGUCCAAAACUUCAUCAAUACGAUGACAGACAGCGUCCGCCAUGUUGCUCGGACCCUGAGGAACGUCCUUCACUUCCUGGUGGACAUUGGAGACAUUUGCAAUGAUAAAAUGGGCGGUCCGUACAGGAAGUGCCGUGAUCUGUUCGCCCAGGGUCGCAAAAACUGUAACAACCUGCUGAAGGAGUUCAACUUCCUUUGUCAAAUCGUAGAUGCCUUCCUGCCGCUUUGCAACCUCGCUCGUGCUGGAGAGCUGUUCUGCAUCAUCCCGUCGUACGUAGCGGCCCACCUGAAGAAGCACCUGGCGGAGCCCACGGUCGCCGCGUUCAGAAUGAUGCACGAGUUCGACUUCAACCUGUCGUCCACGGUGCGCUUCGAGGUGGACACCAACGCCAGCCGCACGCUGCAUCAGGUCUACCAGGACAUCCUGGCCCACAUCUCCGCCGACCUGCAGAAUUUCCAGGUGCUGAGCAAGGUGCUGGCCUACACCAACUUCGUGCUGCUGGGCUUCUCCUUCCUCAGGGCAUUGAUGUACCAGCGCCAGUACCUGCGGGAUCUGCGCUUUGAUAACUUAUACAUUAGCGCUCAGUUUAGAAAGCUGGACCAGCAGGUGGCGUCGGAGGGCGGAGCUUCGGUUCUGCCGCUGACGUGCAGAGAGGCGCAGACCUAUGUGACGCCACUGUCUCUGCGCCUGACGCAGCGGGAGCAGCACGGCAUGCUGGUCCGGAUGGCGGCCGUCUUCAGGCACCUGGUGGCGGGCGGCCUGAUUGUGGCCAUGGACUUCAUGGUGUUCUGGAUCCUGGACCAGGUGCACCACCAGGUGGAGGUGGACGUGGUGGCCAGAGCCCCUUUCCAGGUGGCGGUCCAGGUGAACGGGUCGGGUUACUCCUCCGAUAUCUUCAGAGACCUGGUGGCGUCCUUCAACGUCUUCCAGACAGGAAACAUCACCGUCAUCAGCAGGAAGUGCCUGGUGGAGCCUCAGGAACCCGACCACAAAAUCAACUUCCUGCUCGGCUUCCUGCUGGGUAUGGCUGCGGUCAUCUCUCUGUUCAGCGGAUUCGUUCAGCGCUUCAAACGGAUCGCCUGUGCUUUUUAUUAUCCGGAUCAGGAGCAGCAGAGGAUCCGGUUCCUGCACCAGCACAUCCUGAGCGAGAGGCUAUCGGUGGGCCGGGCCCUGAGGGGGUCUGUGAUCCGACACCUGGCCGACCGGGCCGCCGGCGCCGGCACCAGUUACAUGCAGGCGCUGCUCAGGCGGCUCCCAGGUGGAGGCUACCUGUCCUCCCUCACUGGCUCCGCCCCCCUCACCUGUCUGGGCUGCAGCAACACCGUCAGGAAGAAGGAAGCCGGCGUCUGCGACGUCUCGGGAUGCACAGGCGUUUUCUGUCGGAUGUGUUUCCACAGCCUGGGAAACGUCUGCGCCGUCUGCAGGCGACCUCUGACCUCCCUGGAAGAUGGCGAGGAGGAGCUAGACUCCAGCGACGAUGAGCAGCUCACCGUGAGGUCCGAGGUCCUGAACCGCAGUGAUGACAUCAGCGCCUCCAGUGAAGUAGACAUGGCGUACCAGGACCGGUCCGCGUCUUCGGAUUCCGACAGCGACUCCGACGCCUCAGAAGUCCUCGCUGAGAUCGGCGUUCAGUCGCCGGGUCGUCAUGGACACCAACAGUCUGGUGGAGCAAAAACUGAAUGUUUUGUACAAUAAACAUAUUUUUACCUUCAGCUGAACUCCGUAGAAAAGACCGAACGCUGCCACAUCUAAACAUUAUUUUAAUUCUCCUUUUAUAAACUCCUGGACAUUCAGGUGGAUCUGAAUCCAUGUUGGGAAAAGUCUGUCCUGUUGAUUCUGAUCCGACCCGGUUUGGAUUCUGGACUCUGUUUCAGAAUUCUAGAUGUGUGAGAAGAGGAAACCAGAGAGAACUGUGAUGCUGCGGCUUCCUGUGAUGCUGCGGCUUCCUGUGAUGCUGCAGUUUCCUGUGAUGCUGCAGUUUCCUGUGAUGCUGCCGGUUCCUGUGAUGCUGCAGUUUCCUGUGAUGCUGCAGCUUCCUGUGAUGCUGCAGCUUCCUGU